AGUUAACCCCUAUAAAGUUGGAGAGUCGAUUUACUGGUUUUCUGAGUUUUUCUAAACCGAAAUCGGAAUAAGUAACAAUUAUUGGACGAGGUUGAGUAAAGUAUCUUGAUUUGUCAGGGGCUAGCAGAUCAAUUAUUUGCCGAAGCCGUAGCCGAAGGCUGAGGCAAAUAAUCUGUACGGGGCUCCUCCAUCGAUGGUACGGGGCUCCGCAUGGCAAGAAGCCAUACGGGGCAGGUCUGGCCUGGAGACAACUCAUCUACAAACACAAAUUCUGAGUUCACCUUCUGAGCGGUUUCUUCCUCCACAAUCGAUGCAAAAAGAUACCAGUGCGGAAGCAGAAAGUGAAAGUGCUUAUCAAAGAUGUGUUCGUUGUUUAGAGAGCCUGGGCCCCUUAGGUUCAACAAUAUGAUUGGUUUUCUUUUUGGUAGCUGUCAGUCAUUACGGAAGUCGACCAAUCGUAGAUCACAAAGACUACCUCGCCUGAUCUCAAUAGUUAGCCGUCACGCACGUUCACAACAUUUAUUCUUUUGCUUCCGCGCUGAGCUUUGUACAAGAUGGAAGUAGCGGGUGAUAUAAUAGAUCAAUUCGACUUAGAUUCUUCGGAAAGCUCAACCAGCGACGAGGAAGAACUCGAAGAUGGGUUUGAAAUAGACUUGGUUGAUGCUUAUGAUGGUCAAACCAGUGACGAGGAAGACACUCCACCACAUUUCGGUGGUUAUGAGUACGAAUUUGUCGACGAGGUGUCAGACAAACAGAAAUGCCCGGUGUGCCUGUUGCCGAUGCGAGAUGCCGUGCAAACUUCGGAGUGUGGCCAUCGAUUCUGUAAAGAUUGCUUGCAAAGGAUUCUAAGCCCAGUUUAUGGCGACAAAAGAGCUCAUCUUAAUGACCACAUAGAGGCAAGCGUAGAAGACCAUUUGGAACUGACAUGGUCCUCACUGGUUGCAGCGAAACAAGAGCUUGACAACAUGAAAGAUCUGCGGCAAAAAUUCCAUGAAAUUCAGAAAGUUAAUCAAAAGCUGACAGAGUCUGUGGCUGAUUCUCGUGAAGAGGUUCGAGAUUUGACAUUGACGGUGAAAAGUCUCGAAAUACAAAAUAUCCAGCUAAAGAAGUGGAUGGAAGACAUGGCAAGGAAGACGGCAAAAGGAACGCUGACAGAGUCUGUGGCCGAUACUCGUAAAGAGGUUCGUGCUUUGAAAUUGGCGAUGCAAAAUCUCGAAAUGCAAAAUAUUCAACAAAAGAGAUCGAUGGAAGGCAUGGCAAGGAAGAUGGAAUUUGAAAUGAAGAGUCUGGAGAUGCAAGCUAAAGCUACUCGUGCUUGUGAGAGAGCACAAUUUGGUUCUCUCCAGAAAUCAUUUCCCACCCUGCCCAUGAUGCCAGCUAGUUCAUCAGCCUUAACUGGCAUGUACGCGUCGCCUCGUGAGGAAUCGAGAAAAGUUCAAGCUAUACCAGAAUCAGCGUUAACUGGCAUAUACGUGUCGCCUCGUGAGGAAUCGAAAAGAGUUCAAGCUAUACCAGAAUUAGCCUUAACUGGCAUGUACGUGUCGCCUCGUGAGGAAUCGAAAAAAGUUCAAGCUAUACCAGGAUCAGCCUUAACUGGCAUGUACGUGUGGCCUCGUGAGGAAUCGAAAAAAGUUCAAGCUACACCAGAAUCCAAUCUUAAUGCGUCGUUUACAUUAAAAGAUUAACUCUCAUAACACCCACAAACAGAUAAAGCUUUUUCAUUGCCGGUAAAUGUUAAGCUAAAGCAAAGGUUACUUUGUCGUCAGCGCGCACUGACUUAUUUUGAGAAUUAUCGUUUAACGUAAUUCUAUUCAAACCAUAUGAACAGAUGUUUAUCUGCGGACUGUAUAUCGAAGAAAACUGUAGCCUGCGUAGCUUGGGGGUUUACGCAAUUUUCUAAGCAAUUUGAGCGCGAGCGCACAGAUGUCUCUCUCCCAGGCUCCUCGCGGCGCUCGUUAUUGCGGCUUUGCCGCUUUCUUAGGUCGUUCAAAUUGCUCAAAAACCGCUAAGCUACGCAGGCUAAGAAAACUGUGAACCUCUUGAAACUGAAAAAUAUCGCUUAAUUUCGUAAGAUUGUUUUAAAACAGAAUACAAAGGAUUGUGUUAUAAUCUCGGGCCGUUUUAUACGCCAUUUACACCAGCUAAACUGGUUUAGCUAAAUCAUGUUUAAGUUUUUCCAAUUUGUCUAUUACGCUUUAAUUUGUAGUCAUUUUGAGGCGUGAGACAAAUUUCAAAACACCUACCCCACUUAAGUUGUGGGGUGUGUACGGUCUGAGCAACUAAUUUUUAACCUUUAGAAAUAAAAACAAGUUGUCGCUGUGUAGCACUUUGAAAUGCAUUUGUUUAAGUUAUGAAAAAGUGCUCAUGAUGUGGUAUUUUUAGAGACGUUUCGGAAAAACCCCUUCAUCAGUCGUAGCGUUACGACCUAUGAAAGGAUUUUUCCCGAAACGUCGCUAAAAAUACCACAUCAUAAGCAAAAUUAAGCACUUUUUGUUAUUUUUUAACCUUGUUUAGUUAAGCCACUUUUAAACAUGUUUAAUAUGUUGGUAACUAUACAGAAAUGCCGUAGAAUUCCGAAAGUAACGCUCCUCCCGAAAAUAACCGCUCCCUGAAAGUAACGUUAAGUUUUUACCUUCCUAUUGAAGUGGUCCCCCCGAAAGUAACGGCCUACCGGAAAGUAGCGGCCCUUUGAAGAAGUCAGUCAAAGAGAAACUCUCUGUUUUCAAGGGCAAUGAGGCUGGAACAGCCUAACUGCAGGACUGAACAACUUGAAGAGUUAUUUUUUAUUUUAUUUUGAACUAGACUCAGUGAAGUUUUCUUGAAACUAUGAUUUAUAAGCUGUAUUUGUCUAGCAGCAGAGUCAAAUGAAUGUACCAUAGUGUGAUCAGUUGUACUGCGAUAUAUUGCGACCAUUAUACUUUCGGCCUACAGUACCAACGGUUAGGGCUUUCUUUUGUUUAUACAGUCUGCUUUGGUUAUGUGGGAAGUUAGGAACCUUUUAAUUUCAUGUGUUACGCGUCCGCUUUGUCUGAAACAACUGUUACCGUACAAACGGUUUUUAACCAUCCGAAAGUUACAGCUACCCGUAAGUAACGGCUAUCCGAAAGUAAUGGCCCCUUUCGCCUACUAAAUCCGAAAGUAACGACCCUCGUUACUUUCGGAAUUCUACAGCAUUGCUUCUAUAUGUUAUUUAGUCUGCUUUUCGAUGGUGUUGUAAUUACAUGUACUGAUGAGAGAA